CAGCACUUUUCAACCUUCUUCGAUGUCCGUCUGUCUGUACUCUCUCUACUCAUACUUGUUACGCUGAAACGGAUAUUGCGACUUUGGGAUUUAUAUCACGUUGCUAGAACGUCGUCGUCAAUUCCAUAGUUGGGUGAAAAAAUGAGUUAUAAUCCCUGUUUUGUAUGCCUUGAGCCACCUGAUGAUAAUAAACACAGAAGAAUGUUUGAUGAAAAAUGGUUGAUUAAUUUAGAAGAGGAAAAUAUAAGUAAGAAAUCUGAUGGACAUAAAACAGUGAAAGCAGCUAUCGAAUUAAUUCUUGGCUAUAAAGUACCAGAAAUAUAUGACAUAAUUUUGUGCCAAACAUGUUUUCAUAAAGUAGAAUCUUAUAUAAAAUUCCGUUCUCGACUUAUUAAAAUAUUUGAAACAUACAACUCUAUAAUAUCAAAUUCCUCUAAUUUAAUAAACUCGGAAAUUUCAGGUACUUCAUUAAUCUCUAAUAUAGAAUCAGAUAUAUCCAAGGAGGUAACAAAUAUUAAUGAAGAAAAUGUUUCUUCCAAUAUAUCUAAUAUAUCUAAUAGUUAUAGUCUGUGGAACAUUGAAACUGAAAAUGAUUCUUAUGCCACUCCAUUACCAAACUUCCAUCAUAACAUUGAUAAUGUCUCUGAUCAUGACAGUGACAUUGAUGAUAAUUUAAACUCUGAUAUAUCUCCUUCAAAGAUUCAGAAGAGCGAUAUAGAAUCAGAUAUAAAUGUAUAUUCUGGCGAAGAUAAUGAAAUAUUGGAAUUGUCUAUUAAAUAUGAACAUGAUGAAGUUCUUAAUCUCAGCUCAGCAGAAUCAGAGGAAGAGGCCGAUUAUGGACCAACUUUCAAAAAAAUCAAACUUUCAAAUCAAAUAUCUCCAUUGAUAUUGUUUUAAUAACUUGUAAACAUUGAUUAUAAGUUAUUCCAUAAGUACAAAGUAGAUUAAAACUAAUAAAUUUAUUUAUAUGCAUAAAGUAAGUAAAUGUAAGAGUAGUAAGAGUAGUAAGUAAAUGUAAGAGUAGAAGUAAAUGUAAUACAAUUUGUAAAUGUAUUACAAUUUGAAAAUA